AUGGAAAAGAACAUCUGCUAUCGGCAACGAAAGAGAAAACAAGUCGUCUACGACGAUUGCGUACUCAAGGACGUCUUGUCCCAAGGUAACUGGCACAUCAAGGAGGACCCAAACGUGGACUACGAGAUGCUGCUCAGAGGAUUACGAGCCUGUGCUGAACGUGCCUCGAAGCCGCGCACGAAAAACUUGGAUCGAAUUUCGAAGACCACCAAGGAAUUGUUGGAAAGAAGAAGGGCUUUGAGGUUUGAUCCGAAUGCAUCGCACAUUGAGCGGGAUCUCCGCGAAUAUAAUAUUCCGCUAGCAACCUUGCUGAGCGAAGACGGGACUCGCACGUCUUCUCGUCGUGAGAUGGAAAUCAUUACGGAGAGGUUCUACUCGAACCUUUUCCGUCCAUUAACUCCUGUGUCAAGCCCGAUCAUCCCCACUGGUGAAGCUCCACCACGGAUUCUCCCUUCGGAAGUACGAGUCGCUAUCAAGAGCAUGGAACCUGGCACAGCCCCGGACCUGAUGUUGUAUCAGCAGUCUUUGUUCGGGCUAGUGGCUGUGCACUUCAUGACGCUGGAUGAAGCCCAGCCUCAAGAACAAGCUGGAUUCCGCCAGGGGUUCAGCUGCUUGGACCACAUCCAGACCGUGUCGAGGGUCAUAGAGGUUUGUCGGGAAUACCGCCUGCCCCUUGUUCUAACCUUCGUCGACUAUGAGAAAGCCUUUGACAGCGUAGAAACGAAUGCAGUACUGUUAGCGCUGGUCGAUCAAGGUGUGGACUCGUCGUAUGUGAGGACAUUAGCCAAUUGCUACGAUCAAUGCACGACUAGGAUACAGCUUUUCCACCGCCUUCUCACCAUACCCAUUGGAAAGGGGGUACGACAAGUCGAUACUAUAUCGCCGAAGCUGUUCACGGCUGCAUUGCAAUGGAUAAUGGGGCAUACGUGUUGA